ACAUGACGGAGGGAUGGAACCGUCCCGACCGCACUGAUCAUUUGUAGGAGCGUCGGCGGUGGGGAAGUGCUGUGGCCACGGUGUACUCCACGGACAGACGCGCAAAACUCAACACAUACAAAAAAGCAGAACUUCUGCUUAUAACACUUCCGUGUUCAAAAUGGCUGAUUCUAUGCAACCGGGCAACGAAGGCGACGGUGCUGAGAAUGUGAGAGGUUUUGCCAGGCAAGACACGCUGAGGCAGAAGAAAGUCCAUGAAGUAAACAAUCACAAGUUUGUCGCCCGUUUGUUCAAGCAGCCGACCUUCUGCAGCCACUGCACGGACUUUAUCUGGGGAAUCGGAAAACAAGGAUACCAGUGUGAAGUCUGCCGCUUUGUGGUGCACAAGCGCUGCCAUGAACUUGUCACCUUCUCCUGUCCUGGAGCAGAUAAGGAUCCUGACUCAGAUGUGAGUACAACACUGGCCACCCUAAUUCUAAUGGAGAAUUCCUCUGGGUCGGUUCACGAGGAAAGAUCUAGAAUAAUAGUUUCAGCAUUGAGAUCUAUAGCAAACACAGAAUAA